AUGUCGGACGAGCUGCCGCCACCGGUCGCCAGCCCCGCACGCAACAGCUUCCUCCCCGCAAAGUCAUGGCAGCACUUUGUUGCUGGUGGAUUGGGAGGGAUGUGCGGGGCGAUUGUGACGAGCCCGUUUGAUGUUGUGAAGACACGGCUGCAGUCUAGCUUAUACCAGGAGCACCACGCGAAACUGAGCGUACCAGGUGGGGCGACCGUCGCCGUUCGCAAACCGGGUGGGCUUCUAUGGAAUUUCGUCGAGACGGCACAUAUCAUCCGCGACAUUUACCGCGAUGAAUCCCCCCGUGCGCUGUUCAAAGGCCUGGGGCCGACACUCGUGGGUGUCAUCCCCGCGCGCUCGAUCAACUUCUUCACGUACGGCAACGGCAAGCAGCUCAUCGCGACGCACUUCAACCACGGCGAGGAGAACUCGUACGUGCACCUGACCGCCGCGGCGCUCGCGGGGAUUGUGACGGGGACCGCAACGAACCCGAUCUGGGUCGUCAAGACGCGGCUGCAGCUCGAGCGCGAGCACCACCACGGGCGCGCGCCGGGGAGCUGGGCCAUGAUCACGCGCAUUCUGCGCGAGGAGGGUGUGCGCGGGUUCUACAAGGGGCUCAGCGCGAGUUAUUUGGGUGUGACGGAGGGCACGAUCCAGUGGACGCUGUACGAGCGGCUGAAGAAGCUGACGAGAAAUGUGGAGGGCAAGGGCGGGGCCGGCGAGUGGUUCGGCAUGCUCGGGAGCGCGGGGACGGCCAAGUGCGUCGCGAGCCUGAUCACGUACCCGCACGAGGUGCUCCGCACGCGCCUGAGGCAGCCGCUCGUGGACGGGAAGGUGAAGUAUACGGGCUUGGUGCAGACGUUCAGGCUUGUGCUCGCGGAGGAGGGCGCGAAGGCGCUGUAUGGGGGCCUGAGCGCGCAUUUGAUGCGCGUGGUGCCGAAUGCAGCGGUGAUGUAUUCGAUUUAUGAGGGGGUGUUGAGUUGGGGGGAGAGUCGGUAGCGGAGGCAGGGUGAGGUAUGGGCUUCAAGGGUCCUUGUGGUGAAAAGUACUGUACAUUCUCCUCUAUCCUCGCUCGCUCACGUUUCCCUGGCUCUCAUAGACCCAACUCUACACAGGCACUGUAUUUCUAUGCAUAUCGACGCUUCCGUUGAGGAUGAUCGUAAUUCACGUACCGUACGUACCCAUGGCUUUCAUGCACGUGUAAUCUAUGUAAAUUAUACUUUGUUGCUUGGA